CACAAUCUAUCAAUGUUCAAUAAGAUGGAGUUGCGCCAGGAGGAAAAAAUCGUUGAUGUCUAUCGAGAAAACAGCCGUGCGGAACUAACGCGCUGUAUCACUGCAGUGAAUCGAUUGUUGGAACGAGUGUGCUUACUGAAAGAGCUGUGGCCCGAAGUAACGGUGUUAGAAAAUAUUAUACAGCAAUCACAAAAAUUAUUUUCAUUCUCUGUAUCAGUGCCGCAAAUGCAAUUAUCAGCAUUUUUGGAGCGUUUACUGGGUUAG